AUGUGGAAGGAAACAUUCAUAGGGUUGCAUUACCUCCACGUAAACUACUCUCGAAACGACAUAACAUACCAAAAUGUUGCUUCAAUCCCUUUAAAACGUCGAUUUCAUUUUCCUGGUCGUCGCAUCCCCUUGAACGCCUUCCUUUUGCAGUUCACCGGUUCUUCUCCAACAAGCAGCCAAUCGAAAAACCCUGAUUAUGCGACCAACAAAAAAUUUGCCAAAUUGUUUACUGUAAAUGUUUUUGUUGUUGAAUCAAAGAAGAACGAUAAUACCGUGAUCGUCUUCCCACUGUCGAAUGAAAGAGAAAAGAGAAGGAAGUUAUGGAUUAUAGAAGGAGACGACAACCUUUUCUUUCUUUUGAAUUUUGAUUUCGAAUUGGAGAUAGAAUGAAGAGGUGAAACGAGAAAGAGAAUAAGGGAAGCGAUGGUGGAGAGCAAUUCAAGAUCUCCUAUCCGUGUUGUUUCCCUAAUGUUGUCUGUUCACACAUUGGUACCCCAUACCAUUAUCGCCUCACCCGUCACCAACCAUCUCUUGAUGUCGUGAUUGGUAAUUUU